GCGCGCUGUGGGGAGUGGCGCCCGGGCAAGCGCCUUUCGCGAUUUGCAAUCCAAUCUCCCGCCUCCCACGACCACUGCCACUUCCUUCUUUCUGCCCAGUCUAGGCACUCAUUCCUCUGCUGGGCUGGCUUGUCCUUAGGGUCUCCGGCCCUGUUCUUGCCUCAGCAUGACUUUUUCCAGGGCGCUGUGGCAGGAGCCUCACUUAGGGGCUCUCCCAUGAAGAUCCCACUGGUGACUCUGCAACCCUGCCACCAUGAACGGGGUCCUGAUCCCUCAUACGCCCAUCGCCGUGGACUUUUGGAGCCUGCGCCGGGCUAGCUCCGCCCGGCUUUUCUUCUUGUCCCACAUGCACUCGGACCACACCGUGGGUCUGUCUAGCACCUGGACCCGGCCCGUCUAUUGCUCCCCAAUCACUGCUUACCUCUUGCAUCGUCACCUACAGGUGUCUAAGCAGUGGAUCCGAGCCCUGGAGAUUGGUGAGAGCCAUGUCCUGCCUCUAGAUGAAAUUGGACGUGAGACCAUGACUGUAACCCUUAUUGAUGCCAAUCACUGCCCUGGCUCCGUUAUGUUUCUCUUUGAAGGAUACUUUGGAACCAUCCUCUACACAGGUGAUUUUCGGUACACACCAUCCAUGCUAAAGGAGCCAGCUCUGAGGCAGGGGAAACAGAUCCACACCUUAUACCUAGACAAUACCAAUUGCAAUCCAGCCCUGGUUCUUCCUUCCCAACAAGAAGCUACCCGCCAGAUUAUUGAGCUCAUUCGAAAGUACCCACUACAUAACAUAAAAAUUGGACUCUAUAGCCUGGGGAAAGAGUCACUGCUGGAGCAGCUGGCCCUGGAGUUUCGGACUUGGGUGGUUUUGAGUCCCCGGCGCCUGGAGUUGGUGCAGCUGCUGGGCCUGGCAGAUGUGUUCACGGUGGAGGAGAAGGCUGGCCGCAUCCAUGCCGUGGACCAUAUGGAAAUCUGCUAUUCUGCCAUGCUGCGCUGGAACCAGACCCACCCCACCAUUGCUAUCCUCCCCACCAGUCGGAAAAUCUACCGCUCCCACCCCAAUAUCCACAUCAUCCCUUACUCUGACCAUUCCUCCUACUCUGAGCUGCGUGCCUUUGUCACGGCACUGAAGCCUUGCCAGGUGGUGCCCAUUGUCAGUCGACAACCCUGUAGGGACUACUUUCAGGACAGCCUGAGCCCCAGGCUCUCUGUGCCCCUAAUUCCAGACUCUGUGCAGCAGUACAUGAGUUCCUCCUCUAGAAAACCAAGUUGUCUCUGGUUGUUGUUAGAAAGGAAGCUAAGGAAACUGAGAACCCAGGGUGUCAUGUUUGAAUCACUUGAGGAAAAUGCAGACCACUCUCAAACUGACCCGGACUCAAAAAAGACCAAGAAUGAGAACCUUUCUGGGGACCUUGCAAAGCAGCGCUCCCACCAUCCUUUGCAGAUCAAGAAACAGUGGUUCCCAGACGUCUGCAGCAAAGAAUGGGAGGGGGCAGUCCCCUCCACUGAGUCCCAGAAGACGGGGACUGUAUUGACUGCCCCUUCGGGGUUUUCAGUGCACUUAAGGUCUAAAGAUGAGGAAUUUCUCUCCCUGGAAACUGGAGAGGAAAUCGGUGGAGGGCCCUACUUGAUAGGCAAGGAAGACAAUGAGGACUCAACAGCCACAGGGAACCAGAGAGCCUGGAUGGACCAGGAUUCUUCCCUGUCUCAGAGCAGCAAGGCUGCCUCUCUUCUGGCUCCCGAGGUCAGGGGCCUGGCACUAAAAUACCUUCUGACUCCAGUGAAAUUUCUCCAGGCAGGGUUCUCUUCCAGGGGCUUUGACCAGCAAGCAGAAAAAUACCAUAAACUCUUGCCUGAGUACCGACAGGAGAGUAUGCAAUGACACCUUGUUUGAUCCAACACCAGUUUUGAAGAUAGUGGCUGAUGGCUUAUUUGGAGACUUACUUUUUUGUGUUGGCAGGAUUCUUAUGGGCUCAUCCUGUAACAAAGAGUUCUCAAAAUGUGUUCAUUGGCCUCUUAAUACCUAUGGAAUCCUUAUAAUUUUAUAAAAUUAUAGUUUCAUAAUUGACUAUAUUUAAGAAGCACUUUUUUUCCACUUUUCAUUAUAACCUAUUUAUAGGAUAUCUGAGCAUAUUGCUCUGUGCAUUGCAAAGCUGCUUCAAGAAUAUGACCUUUCUCUAAAAGCAUAUAACUUGAGAGGCCUGCCUCGUGUAUUGUAUUCUUCUAUUUUGAAAUGGUUUGUGUUACUUGAAGAACAAAAGAAAGAGGUACUUUUAAAGUUUCUGAGAAGUCGUGCAGUAACUUAAUCUGUUUAACUUUGUUUACUCCAGAAUUUCUCCACACUUUUUGGACGUGUAGUCUUCUGUGACUGCAGAAAGAGAAAAAGUCUGAUCAAAAAGGACCAGGUUAUUCCCUUUGCUGUUUUGUGUGUUGUGAGCCAUUCCCAAUGGCCCCUUCUAUCUCUUUCUAGAUAAAAGUCCCUAGAUAGUUCUGUUUUUCAGUUUAGGAGCUGUGGGGCUGGAGGAUAAAAUGAUGACCCAGGCAGCACAUUCCAAUCCUGAAGGUCACUGACUUGCUGUGACAGCAUCGAAGUCACUUCCUUUCUCUGCGUCUGAGAGGGAACAGGAAGUGAUGAUCCUUGGAACAGUGGAGAACACCUCUGCCUCCAUGACAGUUUGCAGUUUGUGUCCCUGGGGACCUCCCUGGCACAGAGCCAGCUGGGGGGAUUGGGCACCCCCCCCUGGCCAGGGCAGUAUCUGGAACCCAGCCGAACAUUAGGCUUAGGGUACGAUGGGCCCCCCAGACGCCGGAAGGCCCCAUUUGGCUGCAGUAAGGUUACAAAAGAUCAAAUGUGCUGCCAGACAGUCCUGAUUGUUCACAUAGCUGAGAUAUUUGCUGCCCUCCCCCCUGCCCCAGUAUCCUCCCCUCCACCUCGGGGUUGAGUAGGGAGCCAGAGGACACAGCCUGUUUGUUUUAGUAUCCAGGGCAGAGACCAAGGAGCCAGCUGGUGGAAGGGGUGGGGGUGUGCAGUGCUGCCCUGUCCUUCUGCUCGCAGCCUGACAAGAUGCCAGACCAAUAAGCAGGACAGCAGAUACCACAGUCUCAGAGACAGGGCACAGGCAUGCAGAGCCCGGCACAUGGAUAAAAACUGUUUCAGAAGGGAGCCUCAAGCCUUUACAAUGAAGAAGCCUCUGUUUCUUGUCCAGGAAGAAAAAAAAAAAACGACCUCCACUUCUGAAGAUAUGAAGAGUUUAGAAAGCAAAAUAAGGCCUUCCUCUUGGGCAAGCUGUACACAGCUCUGCUUUGUCAGUGACAUUCGCUGUAAGCCCCGCCGUGGGCCCGCUAGGAGCCAGAGCAGGUGAGGCAGGUGGGGCAGCAGGAAACAUGGGCAUUGCCCUGGGCUUGAACCCAGGGAACCCUGGGCAAAUAGAGAUACCCUGAUUCAAGAGCAGAGCCUUGCUUUCUCAUCUGUGAACCGUACUGAGACACCUACCUCUCCUGAUUGCCAGGGAGGUUAGUUAAUGGGUAAAAUUCCUAGCUCAGUGCCUACUACAUGGUGGGCAUUUUGAGUAUUGGUUCUCCUAGCCUCUGGUUCUUUAAAAAGAAAUUAUUCUCUAUAUAAAAUGAGAAACUGGAAAAUACAUAAAAUGUAAAGAAGAAAAAUAUCAGUUAUAAUUCCUCUAUGUCAGUCCAUAGUUUUCUUCUAGUCUUUUUCUGUGGAUGUAAAUACACUAAAUAUAUAAAUUUUUUUCCAAAUUGGGGUUACUGUAUGUAGUUUUAUAUCCUGCAUUUUACUUUCUUAAUAUCUUAAGCAUUUUCUCAUGUCAUUAAAUAUUCAAAAUGUCAUUUUUAAUCGUUGUAUAAUUCGCUAUCAGAUGGGUAUACCUUAAUUAGAUGAUUUUCAUUUUAGUCAGCAUUUUGUAUGCCCUUUUUCUCACCAUUAUACAUAUUACAAUAAAUGGUAUUGUAUCAUGGU